GGAAGCCUCAUCAAGAUGUUUAAGCCAAAUGGACUUAAUUUACUGUGUCUCCUUAGUCUUCAUCAGGUUGCUUACCUUCUUGCAGAUAACCUUCAAUCAGCUGGACCUUUGGAAGACAAAGUUUUUUAUCUUGAAGAGGGUAAAGUGGGACCACAGUAUUUGUACAGGUUUACAUUUCAACCCCCUACCUCCAGUGUGAGGCUGACCGGUGAAACAGAUUCCCUCAUAGAGGUCACACCAAAAGAUGGAGUCCUGAUUGUCAAGGGGCCUCUAGACUGGGAAUACAAAACACAAUAUAGUUUACAGGUGGAAGGUCUAGAUCAAAAUAGCAAAAGGGUGCAAGGCCCUUAUUCUAUCAUCAUAAAUGUUGUGGAUAUCAACGACAAUGCACCCCAAUUCAAUAAAUCACGCUACUUUGGCGAAGUUAGACAACACUCCAGAGCAGGAAAGCCUUUCAUGUAUGUUACUGCUUUUGACCGCGAUGAUCCCAGCACCUUACAUUCAAACCUCAGCUAUAGUAUCCUUCAUCAGUUUCCCAGCACUGAUAAGAUGUAUUUUCAGAUUGACAAUGUUACAGGAGCAAUUUCUACAACUGAAACUGGAACAAAAAACUUGGACCCAACAAUACGGAAUGAUUUUGUCCUUGUGGUGACAGCAAAAGAUAUGGCAGGACAGUCCAUAAAUUGUUUUGCUACUGAUACUGAUGUGUCGAUCACUGUUUUGGAAAACGUUUGGAAAUCUCCUCCAGAAGUAUUGCUCAUGGAGAACUCUACAAAGCCACACCCCAUGAACAUCACUCAUGUACAAUGGAAUGAUCCACAUGCAACGUAUCAAAUUCAACCCAUAGAAAAGUAUCCUAUUGAACUCCCAUUUACAGUUGAUCAGAAUGGAACAGUUUAUGUAACUAAACCACUAGACAGAGAAGAGAAAGACUACUAUUCAUUCAGUAUCUUUGCAAAUGAUGAGGAGGGAGACAGUCUGGCUGAACCAGUCACUGUUUCAGUCCGGGUUGUAGACAUCAAUGACAACCCACCUGUGUGUGACGAAGUUCUGACUAAAUUUGAAGUUCAAGAAAAUGAGAAAGUGGGGAAUUUAAUAGGAAUUGUCCUUGCCUCAGACAAUGAUGAGAAGGGGUCGCUUAAUUCUCGCCUGAAGUUCCGUCUUUUGGAUCAGAACCCCAAAAUUCCACAAGACAAUCUCUUCCGUAUAGAAUUGGGAACUGGGUCAGUCCACUUAUUCAAAUCGGAAUUAAACAGACAAGUGGCCAAAACUUACUAUUUGGAGGUGAAUGUGACAGAUUCAGUUUUCUCAACUAUAUGUAAAGUGCAAAUUCAAGUCAUUGACAUCAAUGAUAAGAUCCCAAUAUUUGAAAAAUCAGAUUAUGGCACUGUGAUUGUUGCAGAAGAUAAGAAAAAAGGAUCUCUUAUAUUUGAAAUACAAGCCACCGAUGCUGAUGAACCACACACUGGAAGUUCUCAGAUUAUUUACACCAUCACAAAGGGUGACCCAAAUAAUAGUUUUACAAUACUGACUGAUCCAAAUACAAAUAUAGGAGCUAUUAUAAUUAACAAGGCUCUUGAUUUUGAAACAAAUUCAGUGUAUAACCUUACAAUCAAUGCUACUAAUCCUGAACCUCUCGUGACUGGAAUAAAGUAUAAUUCAAAUUCAUCUACUUUCUUACGGGUCCAUGUUGCUAAUGUGGACGAACCACCAGUUUUCCUCCAUCCCAACUAUAUAGUUAUGCUAGAUGAAAAUGUGACCAUUGGUACCAAUGUGACAACCGUAAAAGCUUCUGAUCCAGAAGGAUACCCAAUAAGGUACUUGCUGAAGAAAAAUAACAGGAAUUGGCUGAAGAUUGAUCCUGUCAAUGGACAUAUAUAUACAGCUGCCCCACUGGAUCGUGAACUUAACCACACCUACAUAGUAGAAAUUGUUGCAACUGAACAAAGCAGACCAUCUAAAAGCAGUGUUGUACAACUGAUACUGCAUCUCCUAGAUGUCAAUGAUAAUCCUCCGCAUUUAGUAAACGAGACUGUGUUCUUGUGCCACCCACUUCAAAGAGACAAGAGUGCAAAAUUUGAAAUUGCUGAUCGAGAUUCAGAAAUUCCAAAAUUCACAUAUUCCCUCAUUGGUGGACUGUAUGAGGACAACUGGAUCAUUUCUAAAGUGGAUGACAAUCAUGCUUCCAUUACCCCAAAGAACUUGGAACUUGAAGAAAAGGUCUAUGAUGUGCCACUGAAAAUUAGUGACAAUGGAAGGCCACCAAUGGAAGCUGUUGUCAUUCUGGAAGUGAACGUGUGCAGGUGUGUCAAUGACAGGUGCUUUAUGGAAAUCAACAAUCCAAAUCCAUUUCCAACAGUAGGAGCAACAAUUGGAAUACUGGUUGGUGUUCUGCUAGUUAUUGGUGUCAUUCUGGGACUAGUGUUUUUACACAUGGAGCGUAAAAAGAAGAAUGAGCAAAACAUUACCCCUGUUGCCAUCAGGCCCUCUGAACUGAAUGCUUUGACUUAAAGGAUUAAAUGAAAGUGGACAUUCAUGUUUUUCCUGUUGUCAUUGUUGAUUUCUCCUUUUUUUAAAAAAUGUUUUUAUUAAAACAAUUUACAUAGGUAACAAGAAA